AUUGGGUGAACCUUUAUACAGGCCUGAGUUUAAUUUCAGUGGCCAAUUGCAUUUUGGGUGAACCUUUAUUAUACAUUGGGGAAUCACAGAAUAGUGGAGCAAUUUUUCACAAAAACAUGGGGUGCUGUGAUGGGUGCAAGGCAAAAGCUGUGCGGGUGUAACUCACAGUGCGGCUGCCAAAAAAAGAAGCAAUGAAACACCACACAGCAGCAUCCGCUGCGUCGAAGAAUCCCGUUAAGUUCAGGAUUCCAACUGCCGAUAAUUUAGUUCCAAUUCGUCUGGACAUCGAGAUCGAUGGUCAGAGGUUCAGAGAUGCGUUCACCUGGAACCCUUCUGAUCCAGAUUCAGAGGUGGUAGUAUUUGCAAGGAGGACAGUUAAAGACUUAAAGCUUCCUCCAGCAUUUGUUACACAGAUUGCUCAAUCCAUUCAAUCACAGCUGACAGAAUUUCAAUCUUUUGAAGGGCAAGAUAUGUACAAUGGGGAGAAGAUUGUCCCCAUCAAGCUUGAUCUUCGAGUGAAUCAUAUGCUAAUAAAGGACCAGUUUUUGUGGGACUUGAACAACUUUGAGAGUGAUCCAGAAGAAUUUGCAAGAACCUUCUGUAGAGAUUUGCGUAUUGAAGACCCUGAAGUCGGACCUGCAAUUGCUGUUGCAAUUAGGGAACAACUAUAUGAGAUUGCAAUCCAAAGUGUAGCUUCAACAAGGGAAACUAGAAUAAACAAGAAGGGUCGCAGAGGGGCUGAACAAUUCCCAGCCAGUAAGGCAGGUGGAACUGCAGUAGACUUGAUGAAGUUAUUUGGUAACAAAUCCAGUGCCAUUCGGAAGAGAAGGGAAUAGGAUGUCUAUGAACCCAUUGUUGAUAUUCUGUCGAAUGAGGAAGUAGAUGCCCUUGAAGCAAGAGAAGAGAGACCCAG